AUGGCCAAGGCAAUGGAAGCGCUUUUGGCAGUGGUCUUGUUGCUGUUUUGUGGUGAGUGGCAGCUGGUUCGUGGAGAAUUCGAUUACAGAGAUGCUCUAUCUAAGUCUAUCCUCUUUCUAGAGGCCCAACGAUCCGGUAAACUCCCACAAUCUCAGCGAGUAAAGUGGAGAGGAGAUUCUGGCCUCACAGAUGGGAACUUGCAAAACGUUGAUUUAGCCGGGGGUUACUACGAUGCAGGCGAUAAUGUGAAAUAUGGGCUUCCCAUGGCAUUCACUAUCACCACACUCGCUUGGGGCACACUGGAUUAUGGGAAAGAGUUGAAAGCUGCAGGAGAGAUUCAGAAUGCAAGGGACGCUAUUAGAUGGGGAACUGACUACUUUCUCCAGGCUAGUGCAACUCCAAAUCAAUUAUGGGUUCAGGUGGGUGAUCCCCAGGCAGACCAUAAUUGUUGGGAGCGUCCAGAAGAUAUGGACACUCCUCGAACUCUUUACAAGAUUGAUAAAGACACCCCUGGAUCAGAAAUUGCUUCAGAAACGGCCGCAGCCUUGGCUGCCUCCUCCAUUGUUUUCAGAUUCAGAAACCCUCGUUACUCACACCUUCUCCUCCAACGUUCUCAAUCACUCUUCAGUUUUGCCGAUCGAUACAAGGGCACCUACGGAGGAGAGUGUCCAUUUUAUUGCUCUGUUUCAGGCUACAAUGAUGAGCUUCUCUGGGCUGCAUCUUGGCUAUACAGAGCUACGAAAUCCCCAUAUUAUUCGAACUAUAUUAUCCAGCACGACGAUCUAAAGGCAUAUGUUAAUGAAUUCAACUGGGGCCUCAAAUAUGCUGGAAUUCAAGUGCUUCUAACAGACUUAUAUUUCCAAGGGGAAGCUCAAUUCUCAGCCUAUAGAAGUCAUGCAGAACGCUUUGUGUGUUCACUUCUUCCAGGCAGUGCCAUUCGUUCUGUUAAAACCACCCCAGGAGGUUUGAUGUAUGUUAGAGAUGGCGCCAACACUCAAUAUGUUACCAGUGCUGCUUUUUUGCUGGCAAGAUACAGUGAUUUACUGUCAACUAAGAAGCAAACAUUGUCAUGCGGCAACACUCUCUUUAAACCCAGCGACAUUAUGGGCUUCGUAAAGCUACAAAUUGAUUAUUUAUUAGGAAGGAAUCCUCUGGGCAUUUCAUAUAUGGUAGGAUACGGUUCCAAAUAUCCAAGGCAACCACAUCACAGAGGAGCAUCUGUACUUUCCAUUCAUCAACAACCAAGGAAGAUCAAAUGCGUUGAAGGUUUCAUGAACUGGUUUCACAAAGAUUCUUCCAAUCCAAAUACAUUAACUGGGGCAAUAGUGGGGGGACCAGAUAAAUAUGACCGUUUUGUAGACCUCAGGACCAAAUCUAGCAUGCUUGAACCUACAACAUACAUAAAUUCUCCUCUCGUGGGUGUUCUUGCAAAAUUGUAUAGAAUGACAUGCAAAACUAAUAGGGGGUUUUGA